AUGUACGAAAUAUCGCAACAUGUUCAUGUCCAACGCUUCAUCGCUGCUUGGAGAGAGACUGUGCGGCGCACUCCAGCCUUGCGCGCCUGCACCUUUACAUCAACGACCGGGGAGUCGUUUCAGCUGGUACUGAGAGAGAGCUUUGUGCUUUCGCGCAUAUACUGGUCUUCUUCUUCUAGCUUACAGGCAGCUGUUUUGAAGGAUGAGACGACGGCGGCCACUGCUGGGCCGCGUUGCAAUCGACUUGUCCUUCUUGAAGACCCAGAUACAAGGAAACAACUGCUGAUUUGGGUAUUUCAUCUUGCACUCGUGGACAGCACCGUUCAGGAACCCAUUCUCCGGCGGGUUCUGGCGGCGUACAAGAGUGAAGACGACCAGCUAGACAGCCUUCCGCUCACACCAGACUCUUCUGGAGGUUCCGACUCGGACUCUCCCAGCACGCUCAAGAUGCCUCGGGCUUUUGACCAGGAAAAAGCCACGCAAUUUUGGCAGCGCCAGUUGAGCGGUCUCGAUGCUUCCGUCUUUCCUCCUCUGUCUUCUCACCUGACUACGCCCAAGGCCGAUGCCAAGAUUGAGCACUACAUAUCAUGGCCGGCCUCUGCUGCCCAGCACAGGUGGUCAUCCACUACUGUGUGUCAAGCUGCUCUUGCGGUUCUCCUGUCUCGCUACAGUCACUCUUCCGAGGCGCUCUUUGGCGUCGUGACCGAGCAAGUGUGCAUGUUUGAGGGACAGCGACUUCUCAUUAACGGUCCGACCCGCUCAGUGGUGCCUUUUCGCGUACAUUGUGGCCCGGAACAGUCUGUCACGGACCUUUUGAAAAGCAUUGCUUCCGACAAUCACGACAUGCGCCAGUUUGCGCAUGUCGGCCUUUGCAACAUAAGCCGCAUCGGAGAUGAUCAGUCUGCCGCGUGCAGGUUUCAGACUGUGCUGAGCGUCACCAAUCAUCGCCGCUCCUCCGAAGACGCUGCCUCGGGCGACGAGAUUCUCCAGAUCUUGCAAGAGUCAGAGGGCUUUGCGCCUUGUGCAGACCGUGCUCUUUUGCUGCGUUGCGAGACGAGCCGUCAAGGAACGCUGUUGGUCGCAAGAUACGACCAAGGCGUGAUUGAGCCCCCUCAGAUGGCUCGCUUUCUGAGGCAGCUGGGAUGGUUGAUGGAGCAGUUGCAGAGUGCGGCGGACGAUGCUCUUUCCGUGAAACAACUAGACAUUGUGACGCACGAGGACCGCGCAGAGGUUGACAGUUGGAAUUCUGAUGCCUUGGAGGUACAGGAAAGUCUGCUUCACAGUGCGUUUGUGAAACGGGCCGCUGAGUUCCCUAGCGAUCCUGCAGUAUUCUCUUGGGAUGGAGCAUGGACUUAUUCCGAACUGGAUAAUGUCUCUUCGCGACUGGCUGCUCACAUACGAUCUCUCGACUUGGGUUACGAGCAGUUGAUAGUGCCCGUCUACUUUGAAAAAUCGAAAUGGGUUGUUGCCUCGAUAUUGGCGGUGCUCAAGGCCGGUCACGCCUUUACACUCAUCGACCCCAAAGAUCCGCCAGCCCGGACAACUCGGAUAGUCCAGCAGACAUCCGCCAAGGUUGCCCUCACGUCCAAGCUCCAUCAAGACACCGUGCAGGCCAUCAUUGGUCGCUGCAUUGUGGUCGACGAUGAUUUCGUUCAGUCGCUAGGCUCAGCGAGUCAAUGUCAAGAAAAGUCCGAGUUGACAGUAAAGCCGCACAAUCUAGCCUACGCCAUCUUCACCUCGGGGAGUACAGGAGACCCCAAGGGCAUCAUGAUUGAGCAUCAAGCGUUUGCUUCUUGUGUUGCCAAAUUCGGCCCCGCGCUCAUCCCUCAUAAUGCGCGUGCUCUUCAAUUCGCGUCUCACGGGUUCGGUGCCUGUCUGUUGGAAAUCUUGCCUACUCUACUACGCGGUGGCUGCGUCUGCAUUCCCUCCGACCUUGACCGCAUGCACAACAUCCCCGACUUUAUUAGGCGGUAUAACGUUAAUUGGAUGAUGGCUACACCGUCGUAUAUGACGACGUUUAAACCAGAAGAUGUCCCGGGACUCCAGACUCUCAUCCUGGUUGGAGAACAGAUGUCAGCAUCUGUCAACGCCACCUGGGCCUCUCGACUUGGACUCUUUGACGGCUAUGGCCAAAGCGAAAGCUGCUCCAUCUGUUUCAUUGGCAAGAUUAGUCCAGUUUCCGAGGCAAACAACAUUGGCCGAGCGGUAGGCGCACAUUCUUGGAUCGUGCACCCUGAUGAUCCUGAUCGUUUGGCUCCCGUCGGUGCCGUUGGCGAGCUUUUAAUAGAGAGUCCUGGGAUCGCGCGCGGCUACAUUGCCGCUCCAGCAACGGACAGAAAUCCCUUUCUCGAGACAACUCCCGCUUGGUAUGCUCCGAGGCAGCUGCCAGCUGGUGUCAAGUUCUAUAGAACAGGCGAUCUCGCGCGCUACGCAGCUGACGGUACAGUGGUGUGUCUUGGUCGUAUAGACUCACAGGUCAAGAUCCGAGGCCAGCGCGUGGAGAUGGGCGCAGUGGAAACGCGUCUGCGACAACAAGUACCAAGCGAUAUAACCGUUGUGGCCGAAGCCGUCAAGCGCUCAGGUUCAUCUGGCAGCACGGUCAUAACGGCCUUUUUGAUAGACUCGUCGGACAAGAACAAUUCCAGUGCUGCAUCCGCUAAAGAUGCACGAAUUUUGGAUCAAACGGCAACCCAAGAGAUGAAUGCAAAGUUGUGUCAGGUUCUUCCUCCGCAUUCCGUUCCGUCUUGCUACAUCUGCAUGCACGCUCUUCCACGCACUGCCACCGGAAAGGUCGACCGAAAGACGUUGCGCUCUAUCGGCAGCAAGCUCCUAGAGCAACAAGCUUACAAGAAAUCUCCCGAGACAAUGCAAAAGUCAAAGUCAGCAGAGACACUGGAAACUGGUCCAGAAGCCAGACUCAAAGAGGUUUGGUUGCAGAGUUUCAAUCUUGAACCUGCUUCUCCAAAGUGUGGUGCAAGCUUCUUUGAGCUGGGCGGAGAUUCAAUCACCGCCAUUAAAAUGGUUAACAUGGCAAGAGCUGCUGGAUUAGAGCUGAAAGUCUCUGACAUUUUCCAAAAUCCCACCCUUGCUCGUCUUCAGGCCGUGAUGAGCGGCGAUUCUACGCCCUCGACCAUCACGACGCCCUUUGCCACCAUUCCGGCGUCGACUUGGGACGGACCCGUUGAGCAGUCUUACUCUCAAGGUCGAUUGUGGUUCCUCGACCAGCUGGAUAUUGGAGCUGUAUGGUACCUGAUACCUUAUGCCGUUCGCAUGCGGGGAGCUCUCAACAUUGACGCUCUACGUGCUGCUCUGCUGGCGUUGGAGCAGCGACACGAGACCCUGCGGACGACCUUUGAGAACCAAAACGGUGUAGGAGUGCAGAUUGUUCACCAAAGACUUGCCAAGGAGCUGAAAAUUAUCGAUGCGUCGUCCCACGGCGAUGACGGCUACCUCCAGCCACUUGAGCAGGAGCAGACCACUCCAUUCGAUCUGACUUGUGAGGCGGGCUGGAGGGCAUCACUCAUCUGCGUCGGCGAGGACCAUCAUGUCUUGUCUAUUGUCAUGCAUCACAUUGUCUCCGAUGGCUGGUCCAUUGACGUGCUGCGGCAAGAACUAGGCCAGCUCUACGCAGCGGUUUUGCAUGGCGACGAGGAUCCUCUGUCGGCCGUGAGCCCGCUCCCCAUACAGUAUCGAGACUUUUCCAUGUGGCAGAGACGUCAACAGGUCGCCGAGCAUGACAGACAGCUUCAAUACUGGCGGAAACAGCUCGCAGACUGCUCGCCGGCCAAGCUGCCCACCGAUUUCCCCCGACCACCCUUGCUGUCCGGCGACGCUGGCAGCGUACCGGUGGAGAUUUCGGGCGAGCUGUUCCAAAAGCUGCACAGGUUCUGCAACGUGACCAGCACGACCCCGUUUGCCGUGCUUCUGGCCGCGUUUCGUGCUGCGCAUUACCGACUCACCGGGGUCGACGACGCCGUCGUGGGCACGCCCAUUGCCAACCGGAACCGGCCCGAGCUGGAGCGCCUGAUUGGUUUCUUUGUCAACACGCAAUGUAUGCGCAUCACCGUGGACGAUGAUGAUACAUUUGAGGGCUUGGUACGCCAAGUCCGUAGGACAACGACUGAGGCUUUUGAAAACGAAGAUGUCCCCUUUGAACGCGUCGUGUCCGCCAUGCUACCGGCAGGAGGAGGAUCCAGAGAUUUAUCCCAGACGCCCCUGGCACAGCUCAUCUUUGCCGUGCACUCGCAAGAAAAUCUAGGCAAGUUUGAGCUAGAAGGUCUCGAGUCGGAACCUGUGGCGAACAAGGCAUAUACGCGCUUUGACGCUGAAUUUCACCUGUUCCAAACUCGUGACGGAUUAAACGGCUACUUGAACUUUGCCGCGGAAUUGUUCAAGCUAGAGACGAUGCAAAAUGUCGUCAGCGUCUUCUUACAGAUUCUACGCCAUGGACUGGAGCAGCCUAAAUCCUUGAUAUCCGUUUUGCCGCUUACUGACGGGUUAAAGGAGCUCGACAGCAUGGGCCUCUUGAAGAUUCAUCGGGGGCUUGAAUAUCAGCGAGACUCUAGCCUAGUCGACAUCUUCCGCAGCCAGGUUGCUACUUGUCCUGAUACAAUUGCCGUCAUUGACUCAUCAUCACGUCUGACGUAUGCUCAGCUGGACCAUCAGUCCAACCUACUCGAGGCCUGGAUUCGCCGCAAAGGCUUGCCGGCCGAAUCAUUGGUUUGCGUGCUUUCACCACGGUCCUGCGAGACAAUCAUCGCCUUUCUUGGUAUUCUCAAAGCAAACCUUGCAUACCUGCCGCUUGAUCCAAAAUCCCCCGUCUCUCGUAUGAGAGACGUCCUGUCCGAUUUACCACGUCACACAAUCAUCCUGCUUGGCUCCGACGUGGCCGCCCCCGACUUGGAGCUACCUUGUUUGCAGCUCGUACGCAUUUCUGACGCCUUGAAAUCUGGUGCAAGCGUAGUCAAUGGCAGUGAGACGACAGACCUGUCGCCUCCGUCGGCGAAAAGUCUUGCAUACGUUUUGUACACGUCAGGGUCGACUGGGCGACCAAAGGGCGUCAUGGUUGAGCACCGUGCUAUUGCACGCCUUGUGCAGCGAGGCGUGAUACCAAACUUUCCCCCGUUGCGAGGAGCAAUCAUGGCACAUCUAUUCAAUACCGUCUUUGACGGCGCGACAUAUGAAAUUUUUCUCAUGCUUUUAAACGGCGGCACGUUGGUCUGUAUUGACUAUCUGACCACAUUGAGCCCCAAAGCACUCGAAACCGUCUUCCUGAGAGAAGGAAUCAACUGUGCAAUCAUGACACCAGCGCUGCUUAAGCUGUAUCUAGCCAAUGCCCGCGAUGGCUUAAAGGGACUCGACAUGCUCAUGGUCGCUGGAGACCGGUUCGAUCCGCAGGACGCAGUCGAGGCACAGACUCUGGUCCGCGGUGACUGCUACAACGCCUACGGCCCGACCGAGAAUGGAGUAAUGAGUACCCUGUACAAGAUUGAUACAAGUGACCCCUUCAUCAACGGCGUCCCUCUAGGUCGCGCUAUAGACAACUCUGGAGCCUACAUUGCCGACCCAAAUCAGCAGCUUGUCGGCCCCGGCGUUUUGGGAGAGCUCAUCGUCACCGGAGACGGGCUCGCUCGGGGGUACACUGACCCAGCACUCGACAGAGACCGAUUCGUACAAGUCAUCAUUAAUGGCGAGUCUGUCAGAGCAUAUCGGACCGGAGACCGCAUGCGCUACCGUGCAGGCCAAGAUGGCCUUUUCGAAUUCUUUGGACGCAUGGACUUUCAAUUCAAGAUUCGAAGCAACCGCAUCGAGUCGGCCGAGGUGGAAGCUGCCAUUCUCAGUCAUCCUCUGGUUCGCGAUGCAGCCAUUGUUGUUGUUGGUGUCCAAGAGGAACAAGAGCCGGAAAUGGUUGGGUUCGUUGUUGCUGCUGACGAUGCCGUUGAGCAAGAGGCCACAGACAACCAAGUCGAGGGUUGGCAAGAACUGUUUGAGAGUAGCAUGUACAACGGCAUCGAUGCAAUAAGCCCGUCUGCUCUCGGCAAGGACUUUACAGGGUGGACGUCCAUGUACGAUGGAAGUGAAAUCGACAAGUCGGAGAUGCAGGAGUGGCUCGACGAUACGAUACGUACUCUACGCGACGGUCAGGUACCGGGGCAUGUCCUGGAGAUUGGAACCGGUACAGGCAUGAUCUUGUUUAACCUCGGCUCUGUUGAGAGCUACGUAGGUCUGGAACCCACCAAGUCCGCGGUCGAGUUUGUCAACAAGGCAAUCAAGGCCCUGCCAAAUCUCGCAGGAAGGGCCGAGGUUCACAUUGGCACCGCCACAGAUAUCGACCAGCUGAGCGGACUGCGGCCAGACCUUGUUAUACUAAACUCUGUGGUUCAGUACUUUCCCACAGUAGAAUAUCUGACACGGGUCGUGGACGCUCUGGUCCGGAUACGCGGCGUCAGGCGUCUCUUCUUUGGUGAUGUGCGAUCACAGGCGCUACACCGACAGUUUCUUGCUGCCUGUGCGAUGCAUGCACUAGGCAAGACGGCAACCAGGGACGACGUGCGGAGAUACAUGGCAGAGCGGGAGGAGCGGGAGGAGGAGCUGCUCGUCGAGCCAGCCUUUUUCACAGCACUGACGAGUCGACAUCCCAAUCUGAUCCAGCACGUCGAGAUUCUGCCCAAGAAUAUAAGGGCCACGAAUGAGCUGAGCGCAUACCGCUAUGCAGCCGUCGUCCAUCUACGUGAUCCGGAGUCUGCGGCGCGGCCAGUGUAUCCGAUUGCGGCAGACGACUGGGUCGACUUUCAGGCCUCCCAGAUGCGCAGCGACGUCCUUCGAGAAUAUCUGCGUCUCUCGGCCGGCGCCGAUACCGUAGCUGUCUGCAAUAUUCCGUACGAAAAGACCAUCUUCGAGCGACUGAUUGUCGAGUCACUUGAUGACACCGGCAGUGACGCGCCACAGAGUAGGCUGGAUGGCAGGUCACUGGAUGGCGCGCCCUGGAUAUCCGCCGUCCGCUCCGACGCCGAGAGCCGGGCAUCCCUCUCCGUGCCGGACCUUGCGCAGCUAGCCGCCGAGUCUGGCUUCCAGGUACAGGUGAGUGCCGCACGACAGUGGUCGCAGAGCGGCGCGCUGGACGCCGUCUUCCACCGCCGCCACGCGUCGUCCUCUCAGCCGACUAUGCGCACACUCUUCCAAUUCCCCGACGACAAUGAACUGCGAGCUUCGGCGACCCUGACGAACCGACCGCUGCAGCGGCUGCAGAGACGUCGCGUCGCGGCGCAGAUUCGGGAACGGCUGCAGACCCUGGUGCCGUCGUACAUGAUUCCUGCCAAGAUUGUGGUGCUGGACCAGAUGCCUCUCAACGCCAAUGGCAAGGUCGACCGCAAGGAGCUGGCUCGUAGAGCCCGGACGACGACGACGACGAUGACGAAGAAGAAGCAGCCGCAGCGAUUGGCGUCGGCGCCAGCUUGUCCAAUCAGCGACAUUGAGGUUGCGCUGUGCGAGGAGGCCACGGCAACGUUUGGAAUGCAAGUCGACAUCAGCGAUCACUUUUUCAAACUCGGCGGUCAUUCUCUGCUCGCUACAAAACUCAUAUCCCGCGUCGGCGACAGACUGAAAGCGCGCCUGACGGUCAAAGAUGUCUUUGAUCACCCAAUCUUUUCCGAGCUUGCGGUUGUCAUACGCGAGGGGCUGCAAAACGUCGUGCCCGUGGCUUUGAAUGGUGGUGGACAGGCAAAGCAAGGGUCGGCGGGAGUAACGCCGCGUAACGAGAUGGAAACGAUGCUGUGUGAGGAGUUUGCCAAUGUCCUUGGCAUGGAUGUCGGAGUCACGGACAACUUUUUUGACCUCGGCGGGCAUUCGCUCAUGGCGACAAAGCUGGCAGCGCGGAUUGGGCGUCGAUUGAAUACUACCAUAUCAGUGAAGGAGGUCUUUGAACACCCAAUUGUGUUUCAGCUCGCCAAUUCCCUAGAGCUGGGUCAGUUGGAAAGCGACAGAGUAAAGCAGACAACGUUGGCCGAUUACACUGCGUUUCAACUCUUGUCUGUUGAAGAUUUGCAAGGCUUUCUUCAAAACGAGAUAAGCCCUCAACUUGAAUGUGCACAUGGCGGUGUUCAAGAUGUAUAUCCAGCCACGCAUAUGCAAAAGGCCUUUUUGUGCGACGCAUCAACCGGACAUCCCAAGCCUCUUGUGCCGUUCUACAUUGACUUUCCCCCUGACUCAGACUGUGCUACUCUGGUCGAGGCGUGCUCAUCUCUGGUGAAGCGUUUCGACAUGUUCAGGACAGUGGUCGUGGAAGCUGCAGGCAAACUGUAUCAGGUCGUUUUGCAGCACUUUGAUUUACAGAUUAAUGUCGUCGAGACGGAGGAAAACGUCCACGCGGCGACGAACGAUUUCGUGGACAGAAUUUUGGAGGUGCCCGUCCAUCUCGGGCAACCACUGAUACAAUUCACCAUUCUCAAGCAGGCGUCUUCAGUACGAGUCUUGCUUUGUCUUUCUCACGCCCUCUAUGAUGGCUUGAGUUUGGAGCACGUCGUGCGCGAUCUGCACAUGCUUUACAAAGGCCGGUCCCUGCUGCCAGCGAAUCAGUUCUCACGGUACAUGCAAUACAUGGACCACACGCGCAAAGCCGGCUGUGACUUUUGGCGCGAUGUCAUACAAGAUACGCCAAUCACUGUGCUUGGCCAUGUCGAUGCUGGUGGCCGUGAGCUAGAAGUGGAAGCAGCGCGGACAUUGCACGCGACAAAGAUUAUUAGCAUUCCUCUGCAGGCUGUCCGCAGCAGCAUCAUUACGCAGGCGACAGUCUUCAACGCUGCCUGUGCUCUCGUGCUGUCUCGAGAAACCGGCGCCAAGGACGUCGUGUUUGGCCGGAUCGUGUCGGGGCGGCAAGGCCUGCCGGUGAGCUGGCAAAACAUUGUCGGGCCGUGCACCAAUGCCGUACCGGUGCGCGCCCGGAUCAUUGACGACGACGACGACGACGACAACCACCGGCAGAUGCUCCGCGACAUGCAAGACCAGUACCUCCUGAGCCUGCCGUUUGAGACGCUCGAUUUUGACGAGGUCCGACGCAGCUGCACAAACUGGCCGGCGACGGCCAACAACUACGCGUGCUGCGUGACGUACCACGACUUUUCAUACCACCCAGAGAGCGAGAUGGAGCAGCAGCGGGUCGAGAUGGGCGUGCUGGCCAGAAAGGAUGCGCUGCUCAAGGAGGAGCCCGUGUACGACCUGGGCAUCGCAGGAGAGGUUGAGCCGGAUGGCGUGCACUUGCAAGUUACCGUGGUCGCAAAGACGAGGCUGUUUAGUGAAGAGAGGGCCGCAUACCUGAUGGAAGAGGUGUGUAGACUGUUUGAGAGUCUAAACUCGGCUUUGUGA